AUGGAUGACCCUUUGCAAAUUCAUUUAACAAAGGAGCCUCUUGUGGAAGAAUACAACGUUGCAACAAAGUUAUGGAAGCUCAGUUCCUGUGAUCUUUGCGAGAUAGCCAUAAAUUCUGUCUAUCAGUCUAGAUUCUCACAUCAAGCCAAGGCAAUGCCUCCAAUAUGUGUCUACUUUUGGCGAGUUUUUGAAGCAUGGGGUACUUCUCUGCCGGCAGAGGAGUUUGUAAACUACACCAAUAGGUCAAAUGUAAACCUUGUGGAGGCUUUCAGAAACAUGAGACCUGGCGCAAAUGCUACGAAUAUGAUAUCCAUCGAGAUAAGAAAACCCUUGCCUCCUCAACUCUUGCUAUCCUGGCCCCUUCCACUGAAUGCUGGUUUUUUCUGCUGUGCUGUUGAACUGAGAGCUGCAAUGGACAGCCAGAAUAGGAGCUAUGCUGCAAGUGGAUCUGUUCCUCCUGCUUUAGGUCCUUUGCAGGCUGUCUGA